AUGGCCGUCUAUGAAUCAAUAACGAGAGAAAAAAGGCGGGCCCCGUGGUUUCCUUUCGGGGGCCCCGCCAACUGCGCCCCUCGCCGGGAGCCCCCCCUUUCCCGGCAGGCUCUUGUGGGCGUGGCGGCGCCGGCAACAUGGCGGCGCCCCAGACGGCGAUGCUUCCCGGACAAACUAAGCCACAAAAAGUACAGGGCCGCCCUGAAGAAGGAGAAACGGAAGAAACGCCGUCAGGAACUCGCUCGAUUGAGAGACUCAGGACUCUCACAGAAGAAGCAGGAGGAAGAGGAGGAAUCUUUUAUUGAACAACAAGAAGAGAAGCUGUUGGAGAUAGAGAGGCAAAAAUUACAUGAGGAGUGGUUGCUGCGGGAGCAGAAGGCACAAGAAGAAUUCAGAAUAAAGAAAGAAAAGGAAGAGGCAGCUAGAAAACGGCAGGAAGAACAGGAGAGAAAGUUAAAGGAAGAAUGGGAAGAACAGCAGAGAAAAGAGAAAGAAGAGGAGGAGCAGAAGCUACAAGAGAAGAGAGAAAGAGAGGAGGCUGUGCAGAAGAUGCUGGAGCGGGCUGAAAAUGAGUUGGAAAAUAGUGCCACAUGGCAAAACCCAGAACCACCCACGGAUGUAAGAAUAAUGGAGAAAGAUCGAGCUAACUGUCCAUUCUACAGUAAAACGGGAGCUUGCAGAUUUGGAGAUAGGUGUUCACGUAAACACAAUUUCCCAACAUCGAGCCCCACCCUUCUUAUUAGAAGCAUGUUUACAACAUUUGGAAUGGAGCAGUGCAGAAGGGAUGACUAUGACCCCGACGCCAGCCUGGAGUACAGCGAAGAGGAGACCUACCAGCAGUUCCUGGACUUCUAUGAGGACGUGCUCCCUGAGUUCAAGAACGUGGGGAAGGUGAUCCAGUUCAAGGUCAGCUGCAACUUAGAACCUCAUCUGAGGGGCAAUGUGUAUGUUCAAUACCAAUCGGAAGAAGAAUGCCAAGCAGCCUUUUCUCUGUUUAACGGAAGAUGGUAUGCAGGACGACAGCUUCAGUGUGAAUUCUGCCCAGUGACCCGGUGGAAAAUGGCAAUUUGUGGUUUAUAUGAAAUGCAGCAAUGCCCAAGAGGAAAACACUGCAACUUUCUUCACGUGUUCAGAAAUCCCAACAAUGAAUUUUGGGAAGCUAAUAGGGACAUCCACCUGUCUCCAGAUCGGUCUAGCUCUUCCUUUGGUAGGAACUCAGAGAGGAGAGAGAGAAUGGGCCACCAUGAUGAGUACUAUGGCAGGCCCAGGAGGAGAAGAAGCCCCAGUCCGGCCCGUUUCUAUAAAAGAAAUGGAGAAUCUGAGAGGAAAAGAAGAAGUACCCACAGGGAUAAGAAGUCUCACAGACACACAGCAAAAAGUCGAGAAAGAAACAGUUCACGAAGUAGAGAAAGAAAAAGGGACCGCAGUCGGGGCCGGAGCAGCCGGAGCAAGAGCCACCGGAGCCGAAGCAGGAGCCGGAGCCGGAGUCGGAGUCCAAGCCCUUCUAAGUUCAGAAAUUAUAGUGGGAGAAGGUCAGGUAGUAGAGACAGAACUAUUCAUAGUCCCAAAUCCAAAUAAACUGAUUGUGUUUUUAAA